GAAUGGAAACUAGACAAGUCAUCUCUCACCACAAGGAAACAACAAGAGCCCCGCACAAGUAUAUUUGUCACUUUAUUCGCAGGUCUCACCCUGAGAGGACGACAUGGAUGUGUUAAAGUGGCCUUUGGUUUUCGGGUGCCUUUGUGUCAAUGUUAUUCAAACCGAAGCCUCGUCUUGGACGGUGAAGGUGCCCUCCUCGGUCAAAGGUCUCCCUGGCUCGUGCGUGGUGAUCCCCUGCUCAUUUAAUUACCCAGAUCCACCCAGAGAGGUCACUGCGUUCACCGGGGCAUGGAUGGACGACACCAACCACCUCAUCUAUCACCCGGAUCAGACCAAAAUGCUGGAACAGUAUCGGAGUCGGGUGACGCUGCUGGGAGACCCCCGACACAAGAACUGUUCCCUGCAGAUUGAUCCGCUUCAGCAAAGCAACAGUGGGCCUUUUCAUUUCAGGAUUGAAAUUACCGACUACGACAGCUAUUCCUACAGAAACAAUAAAGUCUCCAUUUCAAUGAUCAGUCAACUAGAUCCCAUCAAAUUCACUGUGAAGAAGAAGGUGAAGGAGGGUCAGACGGUGUCGGCCUUCUGCUCCGUGUCUCACUCCUGCCCCACCUUUCCUCCUGUUUUCAACUGGAAUCGCAACGGAGAGCAGCAUUUCAACUCCCAGCGGCUAAACGAAGGCCAGUGGGAAGCGACAUCCACUCUGACCUUUCAGCCGACCCACGCCGACCACAACAAGCCUUUACGGUGCAACGUAACGUACAGAGGAGGGCAGCGUCAGUACGCCUCCGAGACCCUUGAAGUGAAAUUCACACCGGUGAACGUGAAGGUCGAGUACAAGUCGGAUAUUAAGGAAGGAGAAACGGUGCACCUGAAAUGCUCCAGUGAUGCUCAUCCUCCUGCCAGCUACGUGUGGCUAAACGGGACAGGCGCUCAGCUGCAUAAAGGAAACAUCUACGUGGUGAAAAAUGUCUCCAGACACCCAGGAGGAGACCUGUUCUGCACUGCCACCAAUGCAGAAGGAGAACGCAAAUCAAGCCCGGUGAAGCUCGAUGUGUUGUAUGCCCCCGAGAUCAAAGCUGCCUCUUCGUGCUCCUCAGAGGGGAGUGUGGUGAAGUGCGUGUGCAUGGCGGAGUCCAAGCCUCCCAGCACGGUCCAUUUUGUGCUCCCCGACAGAGUUCUGCAAAGCACCAAAGUAGAGAAACAUGGCUUGCUUACCAUCGGGACUCUGCAGGCGGACGUCGGGUCUUGGAAGUUUUUGAGCUGCGUGGCGAACAACACGGUGGGCAACGCCAACGUCACGCUCUCCUUAUCUGUGGACGGUAAGAUGCAGUAUGUUUUCAUCGCCAUUGGAGCAGGACUGAUUUUGAUGCUACUUUUAAUAGCAGUGGGAGUUGUUAAAAAAUGUAGGGGGAGAGCUGUGGACGCAACAGUAUCCAGCAUGAGCACCACAAAGACAGAGAAAGCCGUGGAUCUCCCUCAGUACUCCACAACAAAAGCAAGAGUUCGCCCCAGUCCAGAGAAAGAGUGCUAUGAUGAUGUUGACUGCGGUGGCAUUUACGCCAACGAUCACAUAUAUGGCAACAUGGAGGCUGACGAGGAUGAUGCCGUAUACGCCAACGUGUAAAACGUGCGAGAAAACAGUCCAUCCAUGUGUCGUCUAACCAAACAUAUGCUAUUUUUUUUUUGUAUAUAUACCACAAAAACAUUUUUAUUUUUCUUCCCUACUAUAAUUCACAUAUAUUUAAUUUGCUGGUUGACAUUCAGAAGUAACCAAAUACUUUAUGCACUUGUGCUUGUAGUUGCUGUUUCUCUCAUUCAUGUCCUUGUUUGUGUGAUCAUAGAAAUACAUGAGAAAUCGCCAUUAAACUUUGUCAUAACUUA